AUGGCCGACGUGCAGGAGCAUCCUGCUUCGGUGGCGCAGACUCCGCCGCCUUCGAAACCCGCCAAACGGCGCUACGGCGCGUCGUGUGAGGCGUGCAGACGACGAAAGCGUCGCUGCGAUGGCAAGGGUGCCAACGGCGUCUCGCUCUGCAAGUACUGUCCACAAGCAGGGAUUCCCUGCGUCUUCCCGCCUCGCUCCGGUGAGGCCUCGCGCAUCGGGCGUGCGUACUCAGAGCUCGAGACAUGCAAGGAGCUACUCUUCGGCCUCGCCCGCGCGAGCGACGACGACAGGGAGCGCAUGUUGAGCAAGUGGAUCACCAAGCAAGAGGAGAGCGGGAUGUCCUCAUCGCGGGGUAGCGGGAGCGACCGCCCCACCAAGCGAGCUCGCCGCGACAGCAUCUCGACGAUCAUGAGCACCACCGAUGAGCACAACACGUCCGAGCACCCAGAGUCACCUGUGGGGGAAGUCCACCCGGAGAAGGACAUUGCGCCGACGAUGCACGGACUCAUCGUCGCCGACCACAACCAUCGGCCGGUGCUCCCUUCCAUCGACAACCAGUACGAUCAGACGUUGGCCCGCCUCAUCGACUUCGCCUGCGCUGGGUCGGCGAACCUGGGUCCUCCGACAGUGGACGAGGCUCGCCUCAUGCUUGACAGCUACUUUUGCUGGCAGAACCCUCGAUACAUGAUUCUUUCCCGACCCAUCCUCGAGAUGAGCAUACAAAACAUCGACGAGCAGUUUUGCUCAGAGUUCUUGCUCUGCUCACUGUACGCGGUGGCUUCGCGACACCUCCCAGAGCUACAGUCGCGAACCGACGACUUCUCGAUAAAAGCCCACAUCCUGCUCGCCGCCGAACUAUGUAAGCCUAGUUCGUUCGCAACGGCGCAAGGGUUGAUUCUGCUCGCCGCAAACCUCGCCACGCAAGGGUCGUACUCGCAAUCAUGGAACAUCACCGGCCUCGCUGUCAGGCUGUUUGGUGACUUGGGGUGUACUGCCGACAUGGUUCCUUCCGCCGACAUGGACGCCGCCGAAGUCCUGUCACGACAGCGAGUAUACUGGACUGCAUACGUUUGGGACAAGUCCCUCUCGCUUGCUAUGAGCAGGAAGCCUACGCUCAGGACGAAGACGCCUCCUCCAGACUUCUCAGUUCUGGACGAUCCAGUAAACGCGUGGAAGCCCUUCUACACGCCGUUCCAAAAGGCGACUCAGCGGGUCCACAUCCCUCCUGUAUUUCCGCCAAGCAACGAGAUGACUACCUUCUAUCACGUCUGCCUUGCUUACCAGUUCCUGGACGAGAUCAUCGAAGAGAUAUACGAGCAUCGAGAACGAAGGCCUCUGCAGACGCGCUCCUUCGUGCUCGACAUUCGCGACCGUAUCAUCGGCUGGCAAGGUUCGGUGCCGCCGGAGAUCCUGCUGGAUACGGAGGACAUUCCAGAGCUACCUGUUCCCCCACCUCACAUAAUCGAGUUCAACCUUCUCGUUCACACCACCUGGAUCCUCCUCUAUCGCCCUUUCCUUACAGAGGAGGACUCCGCUACCGCCAUCCCUCACUCGACGACCGCUUGCCAAAAGUCUGCAACCGACAUUCACUUUUUGUUGCGACUUUACGAGUCGAACUAUCCGCUUUCGCGCAUUUUCUAUCUUAUCAUCUAUGCCGCCUUCUGCUCCGCCACCAUCGACAUGGACCUAAUCACGGACGAAGACACCUCGGUUGCGGCUGCUGCGCGUUCGCGUCUGGAGCUCACCCUUCGAGUCCUCGCUGUGGGCUGCAAGUACGACCUGCCGGGUAUUCAGAAGUCCGUCGUAGCGCUGCGCAAUCAGCUGGACAAGACCAAGCCGUCGAGUAAUGCAAUUUCGGAGGACAAGGCGCCCGUGAAGGUUGAGACCGAACUUUCUGCCCUCGACAUAUCGCCGUUGCUGCACGUAACUUACGAACCGUCUUCGGCGUUUUCGACGUCGCCGAGUGAUGGUGAGUUCGUCUUUGGGGAGCCGCCUUACCUCGGCAGCCCACUGUUUGGGUCGAGCGUGGACUGGAACCGACUGUUAGCGGAGCAUUGCUCGUCCAAGGAGAAUGCGGACCUUGACAACUUGCCGAACUGGCCGGCUGAAGCUGGAUUAAACUUCUUCUAAUAUUUUGACAGCGGACUACAUUAGCUAACCUGUACUUCAACUGUACAGUAUAUAGAUUUCGGGUAUUUACUGGUACUGUAUUUGGGCUGGUCGUAAUUUGCUAUGGUUCUCGGGCUAC